CGAGUGGCUCUUUCACAGAUGCUUCGAUGUGUAAGGUUCUUACCAAUUCGGAUAAGCUUCUGUCUAUUUGGAAGUUAAUUUGGAGCUGGUGUGGGGCCUGAAAAAAAUUGAGUUUUACUUUGGUUAUGUGGCAAAGGUAAAAUUCGUACAAAUUCAGAAAGAUAUUGCCGCCAUCUUAUUCUGGAGGGUACUUGCACGGUUUGUGGAGUAGAGAAUGAAUCUUUGUUGCAUGUUUUGAGAGAUUAUAUUUAUACUCGGACAGUUUGGGAUCGUAUUUUUGCUGCAGAAGACAAUUCUCGCUUUUUUGCUCCUGAUCUCCAUUGUUGGCUUAUCGCUAAUUUAAUGUCUGAAUCCUAGGGAGUUAUGGAUGAAAUUUGGAGAAUUUUCUAUGGGUUCACCUGCUAACAAAUAUGAAUUUGGCGCAAUGAUGCUUUAUUCCAAAAAACAGUUAUAAAAAGGUAGCAGCCAUUGUUAACAUGGUUAGAGCUUGUGUUAAUUUUUGGCAUUCGUUGAAGAAAAUUGGGAAUAUUUCUAAUAAUAAGCAGGUAGUCUCGCUAGGUUAGUCACCUUCUAACGAUGGGUGGAUGGUCUUUGAAUACAGAUAGGGCCCUUCGAAGGAGUAUUAUGAUGGGGACUGCUGACAAUAUUUUUCUAAUAGUAGGAUUGAUGUAUUUUCAGUUUCAGAGCUGAGCUAUAGAGGGUUCUAACUGGUCUUCAUAAAAAGCCUGGGACAAGGGGUGGUGUCGGGUUGCCUUGCAAAUUGAUAAUUCUAGUGUGGUUCAUGUGUUGCGGUAUGGAGGGUUUGUGUCAUGGUGAUAUUGUCAACCACAUCUGUUAUCUCUUGCCUAGUAACUGUGUGGUCUCUAUUGCUCAUAUCUACAGGGAGGCUAAUUCGGUAGCUGCUGGUUUAGCCAAUUUGGCUUUCAGUCAAGAACUUGUCAUGUUAUGGGAGAUGUUAUUGGGAUUUCACUCCCUCGCUUGAUUUCUACUCUCUCUGCUUCAAUCUAGAUGAUGUAGUUUGACUUGACACAAAAAAAAAUUAAUUUUUUAUUUUGAAAUAUGUGGUCCUAAAAGUUUAUGGGACAAAAGAUUUAUGCGGUCAUAAUAUUUGUGUGGCUAUAAAAGUUUCUCAUUAAGGAUAAAGUAGGUAAAAUAAAAAGUUUAAAAUUAAAUUAUUUCUAAAUAUAAAAAUAAGUCAUUCUUUUUGAAUGGAUUAAUCAGAAAAAUAUGUUAUUUAAAUCGAAACAACAGGGAGUAACUAGUUUUGUUUUGUUGCUUUGCUUCCCUUUUGAUAAACCUUGAAAAAGUGAUAUUCUUGCUAUUACCAACUUUUUAUACUACAAGUGUCUUAUUAACCAAUAAAUUCAAGAGUAAGUAUUAGUAAUUUGGUUCGUAAAUUUCAGUAGUAGCUGUUAAUGAAAUUCAAACGGGUAAGAUUACAAGUGAAGGGCAAGAACAAGAGUUGAUGAUGUCAAACGCAAUAGUGCGACUGUCCCUUUAGAUGAACCAACAAACAUUGGUGGAGUGCCUCCAACACUUCCGCCACAUUUUGAAAACAUGCAUAGCCCAGAGAGACCUCUUAACUGGCAAAUCUCUGCACACCCUUUACGUCAAAUCACUCAUUCCAUCAUCUACUUACCUCUCCAACCAUUUCAUCCUUCUCUACUCCAAGUGUGGCCUCCUUAGCACUGCUUGCAGGGCUUUCGAAGCCACGCCUGCACCCAAUGUCUUCUCAUUCAAUGCUAUCCUAAAUGCUUAUACCAAAGAGUCUCAGCCCCACGUUGCCCACAAACUGUUUGAUAAAAUUCCCCAACCAGAUAUUGUUUCUUACAACACCCUUCUCUCCGCUUACGCUGAUCUUGGCCACACCCUGCCUGCUUUUAGACUCUUUCUCGACUUGAGGGACAUGGGUCGUGGCAUGGAUGGGUUUACACUUUCCGCUGCUAUUACUGCUGCUAAUGACAAUGUUGAUUUCAUCACUCAGCUUCAUUCCUUGUCUAUUUCAGCUGGGCUUAUCUCUUAUGCUUCUGUUAACAACACUCUCAUAACGUACUAUAGCAAAAAUGGGCUUCUAGAUUAUGCUCAAAGGGUAUUCGCAUCAAUGGAUAAAAUAAAAGAUGAAGUUUCUUGGAACACGAUGAUUGUUGCUUAUGGGCAGCAUAGGGAAGGGACAAAGGCGUUGGCUUUGUAUAAAGAAAUGGAACAUAGGGACUUAAAUUUAGACAUGUUUACUAUGGCAAGUGUAUUGACAGCCUUUACGUCCAUGGAAGACUUGCGCGGUGGGCUUCAAUUUCAUGCUCGGUUAAUCAAAAUGGGUUUUCACGAAAACCCACACGUUGGAAGUGGUCUGAUUGAUCUGUACUCAAAAUGUAGUGGUGGCAUAUCAGAUUGCAAAAAAGUCUUUCGGGAAAUUCCUUAUCCUGACUUGGUCCUUUGGAACACAAUGAUUUCUGGAUAUUCGCAGUCUGAGUUGUGUGAAGAAGCUGUUGCUUGUUUUAGACAAAUGCAGUUUGCCGGCCAUCGACCUGAUGAUUGCAGCUUUGUUUGCGUGAUUGGUGCAUCUUCCAACUUGUCAUCACCGUCUCAAGGGAAACAAAUUCACUCUUUGACAGUCAAGUCUAGCAUUACGUCCAACCGAAUCUCAGUGAGCAAUGCUCUCAUUGCAAUGUAUUCUAAAUCUGGAAAUCUGCAUGAUGCAAGACUACUUUUUGAUACAAUGCCUGAGCAUAAUGCUGUCACUUUAAAUUCUAUGAUCGCAGGCUAUGCACAGCAUGGGCAUGGAGUGGAGUCGCUGCUACUAUUUGAAUGGAUGCUUGAAAGAAAUCUGACACCUACAAAUAUAACAUUCAUCUCUGUCCUAUCUGCAUGUGCACACACUGGAAAAGUCGAGGAAGGGAAGAAGUAUUUUGGUUUAAUGACUGACAAAUUUGGGAUAAAACCAGAGGUUGAGCACUAUUCAUGCAUGAUUGACCUUUUGGGUCGAGCAGGAAAGCUCGAGGAAGCAGAGAGACUAAUCGAAACAAUGCCAUAUAAUCCUGGUACAAUUGGCUGGGGCUCGUUACUUGGGGCAUGUCGAACGCAUGGUAAUAUAGAGCUAGCAACAAAGGCAGCUAACCAGUGUGUUCAGCUGGAUCCUUCAAAUGCGGCACCGUAUGUCAUGCUUGUACACAUGAAAGCUUGUCUUGGCAGAUGGGAAGAGGUAGCAGCUAUUAGAAAACAAAUGCGAGACAAGGGAGUCAGAAAGCAAGUGGGUUGCAGUUGGAUUGAGGUGGCCAAAAGGGUUCAUGUCUUUGUGGCAGAAGAUAGUUCUCAUCCGAUGAUAAACGAGGUGUAUAAAUUCUGGGAAGAGAUGUCAAAGAAGAUGAAGCAAGAAGGGUAUUCUCCAGAUUUGAGGUGGGCUCUGAUUAGAGAUGAUGGAACUAGGCAGGAGGAGAAAGAGAGAAGCUUAUGGCAUCAUAGUGAAAAGUUGGCAGUUGCUUUCGGGCUUUUAUCGACCAAAGACGGUGAACCUAUUCUUAUCAUAAAGAAUUUGAGAAUAUGUGGUGACUGUCAUAAUGCAAUUAAAUUUCUAUCUGGUAUGACAGGAAGAGUGAUUACAGUAAGGGAUUGCCACAGGUUUCAUUGCUUCAAGGGUGGGGCAUGUUCUUGUGGGGAUUACUGGUGAUAGCUGAUAAGUUAUUGCAAUCAGAAUGCUGGUCUGAUCCCAGUCAAUUCAUGUGAUUGUCAUGGGCUAUGGGGAGUGAGGUUGUGAAUGUUUUAUAGUGUACUUUGAGUUAGCACGAUGAAGUACAAUUUUGUUUUUGUUUAACCAAGUGAAAUUAUAAGGAAAAAUGAAUGAAGUACUUGAAAGAGUGCACUGCAUGUA